CCUGUCUGUUAAGUACCAAAAUGAACUCUUGUCAACUUUCACUCCAAUGGCAGCUUCUGUCCGUCUUCAUAAUUUUCUCCAUCUCCGUCACCGCUACAAACUUCAACAUUCCAAGGCUUAGUCCUAUUAGAGGAUCAUAUUUUAUGGAUCUUCAAAUUUUGUCCACUGAUGUUUCGGAGGACUUCCAGACAUUUUUUUACACACAAACACUUGAUCACUUCAAUUACAGGCCUGAAAGCUUCUCCACUUUUCAACAACGAUACCUCAUUAAUUUCAAGUCCUGGGGUGGCGCAAAUGCUAAUGCACCAAUAUUUGCAUAUUUUGGAGCCGAAGUUCCAUUGGAUGGCGAUUUAGAUGUUAUCGGAUUCCUUACCGAUAAUGCCAACCGCUUCAAUGCUCUUCUAGUAUAUAUAGAGCAUCGAUACUAUGGGAAAUCAAUCCCUUUUGGAUCAAGAGAAGAGGCACUGAAAAAUGCAAGCACUAUCGGCUAUUUCAACUCGGCCCAAGCUAUAGCAGACUAUGCAGAAAUUCUCAUGUAUAUAAAGAAAAAAUAUCAAGCUGAAGAUUCACCGGUGAUCGUCAUUGGAGGAUCAUAUGGUGGAAUGCUUGCUGCAUGGUUUCGACUGAAAUAUCCUCACGCUGCUCUGGGAGCUUUGGCCUCCUCAGCUCCUAUCCUGUAUUUUGAUGACAUAACGCCUCAGAAUGGAUAUUAUUCUGUUGUCACCAAGGAUUUUAGAGAAGCUAGCGAAACAUGCUACCAAACCAUACGAGAGUCAUGGUCAGAAAUUGAAAAAAUUGCGUCCACGCCAAAUGGUCUUUUAAUCCUCAGCAAGCAAUUCAGAACUUGCAAACCAUUGCAAGAUUCUUCUGAGCUCAAGGACAAUUUGUUGUCAAUGUAUGCUACUGCAGCUCAAUAUAAUCAACCGCCAAGGUAUCCAGUGAGCAUGGUGUGUGGCGGCAUCGAUGGGGCGCCUUCUCAAACUGAUAUUCUUGGCAAAAUAUUUGCAGGUGUUGUUGCUUUUAAAGGAAAUAGAUCUUGCUAUGUUAAUGCCCCCAUGAAUGAAUCUGAAACAGAUGUGGGAUGGCAAUGGCAGACAUGUAGCGAAAUAGUGAUACCGAUAGGGAUUGAUAAUACGACAAUGUUCCCACCUAAUCCUUUCAAUCUAAGCGUCUUCAUCGAUGGGUGUGAGGCAGAAUAUUCCGGUGUCCAUCCUCGCCCUCAUUGGGUCACAACUUAUUAUGGAGGCCAUGAUAUAAAACUGAUUCUUCAAAGGUUUGCUAGCAACAUUAUUUUCUCCAAUGGAUUAAGAUAUCCAUAUAGUAGCGGCGGGGUGUUGGAGGAUAUAUCAGACACCGUUGUUGCCAUUCACACAGUAAAUGGUUCUCACUGCUUGGAUAUUCUUAGAGCAAAUCGUAGUAGUGAUCCGGAUUGGUUGGUUAAGCAGCGUGAAACUGAGUUGGAGAUCAUUGAAGGAUGGAUGUCUAUGUACUAUGCUGAUCUUAAAGCAUCCAAGCAAAUACAAACUAAUGGGAUAUAA